AUUGUUAUAAUGAUAGGGACUACAAUUAAUUAAAUUACAAUGUUAUAGUAUUUUGAAUAAUGUUGUCCUUUAGAAACUGAGUGAGUUAAUUUUACACCCACAUAAAUGUAAAAUUUGCAAUCUUAACUCAUUUUACAAUUGAAAACUUAUUUUUAGGUUAGGUAGGCCUACUAUAGGCUUAUCAAGUUAUCAAUGUUGUGGUCACUAGUAUUUACUCGAUCUUUCUCAAAACCAGCAAGCCAACGUUUCUCUGGCUUCCAAAAGUUAAAAUUUGAAAACAUCGUUCAAAAUGUGAAACAGAGUUACCUUUCGAACCCAAAGAAGUAUAAAAUUGGUGAGAAGUGUUCAAGAAUAAAUGUUAUAUUAAGACUGAAACAACCUUUUACAACUUUGACUGUGGUAGCGGGUGUCAGUGGAUUGAGUUUGGUCAAGUUUUGUGUUCGUCCUAAUGUUUACUGUAAACCAGCUGAGAGUAAAGAUGACAAUCCACAGUUUGAUUGGACCAAGUUCUUUGAACUCAUCAAACCAGAUGUUUUGUGCCUUAUUGGAGCUAUUAUCGCCAUAUUAGCUGCUGCCGUUUUGAACAUACAACUGCCCAGACUUCUUGGAGACAUAGUCAAUGUGAUGACGAGGUUCAUGUCAUCGGUCGGGUCACAGGCUAGCUUCAGUUCAGAGAUGCGAAGCCCGGUGUUCAAAAUACUCGGUCUUUAUAUUGCACAGGCUUCAGCCACGUUCCUCUACAUCUAUCUGCUGUCCGGGGUAGGGGAGAGACUUGCUACAAGGAUCAAGGUUCUGCUCUACUCCUCUAUUCUGCGCCAAGAUCUCCAGUUUUUUGACAAACAACGAACUGGCGACCUAGUAGACUGCAUAACAUCAGAUGUUCAGGAGUUCAAAAGUGCCUUCAAGAUGGUUUUUGCCCAAGGUCUUCGCAGUAUUGCGCAGAUUGGAGGGUGUGUAGUGUCCAUGUACAGCCUGUCUCCGCCCAUGACUAUGGGAAUGUUGGUGAUAGUCUCUACCGUCAUUGUUGGAGGUACAAUGCUGGGCUCACUGCUGCGAGUUCUGUCUCGCCAAGCCCAACAUCAGUCCUCCGUUGUGACUGUGAUCAGUGAGGAAACUAUCAGUAACAUCCGCACUGUGCGAGCCUUCGCCAACGAACAACUCGAGUGUGACAGGUUUCAAGAUGAAGUAGAAAAAGCGCAAAAUCUUUACCAGCGGCUGGGUAUGGGUAUUGCAGCAUUUCAGGCAGGCACCAAUCUGUUCCUGAACGGUGUUGUGUUGGCAUCACUGUGUAUGGGAGGUUACCUGAUGGCUACGGAAGAGUUGCAGCCUGGCGCACUGAUGUCGUUCUUGGUGGCGACACAGACAAUACAACGGUCACUGGCUCAGCUGUCGCUGCUGUUUGGCAACUAUGUGCGAGGCAUGCAGGCCGGCUCUAGAGUGUUUGAGUACAUCAACACUGAGGAGAAAAUCCCACUGUCAGGUGGCAAGACAAUCCCGUUCCAUACUUUGGUGGCUGAUGUAGAAUUUGACAAUGUGACAUUCUCCUACCCUACUAGACCUCAGCAGGUGAUCCUGAAAAAUUUCAACCUAAAACUACCAGCAGGAAAAACGGUAGCAAUUGUUGGAACUUCUGGUAAUGGCAAGUCCACAAUAGCUGCUCUCCUGGAGAGGUUCUAUGAUGUAGAUGAAGGUCACAUUAGACUGGCUGGUGUGGACCUGAGAGAGCUAGACCCGAGCUGGCUGAGAGGUCAGACUAUUGGACUGAUCAACCAGGAGCCUGUGUUGUUUGCUACGUCCAUUUUAGAAAACAUCCGCUACGGUCGACCGUCUGCCUCUGACAGUGAGGUGUACGAGGCUGCUAGGCUGGCCAAUGCUGACAGUUUUAUCGGACAGUUCCCUGAUGGCUACAGUACCAUUCUGGGGGAGAGGGGAGUUACCGUGUCUGGGGGUCAGAAGCAGAGAAUAGCUAUCGCCCGCGCUCUACUGAAAGACCCAUCUAUCCUCAUACUAGACGAGGCUACCAGUGCCCUGGACACGGAGUCAGAGAAGGUGGUUCAGCAAGCUCUAGAAGUGGUCAGUCGCAACCGUACUGUGCUGGUAAUCGCACACAGACUCAGCACGAUAGAGCACGCAGACAUCAUAGUUGUGCUGAGUGGUGGAGUCAUCGUGGAGAUUGGCAACCAUCAGGAGUUGAUAAAGAAGAGAGGUCAUUAUUGGAAUCUCAUGAACCAACAGCAGUCAGAGGGUAGAGGUCCAGCGUAGAAGUUUGCCUGAAAGAGUUGUGACGCGUUUUCUAAUUUAUAAAGGUGAAAUAGAGAAGAGACGUAUGUGAGAAUGCAAUGCUAUGUUUUACUGAUCUCUUCGCACACACAGAUAUUUUUAAAUGGCGGCGGAAAAGAAUAUGGUGACAGCUUAUAAAAUGUGCCAACUACAGUGUGUUGUUUUUAAAAACAAUAACAAGUUUCAAUACAAAAAUAUCGGGUUUAACAAAUUUUGCUUUAGUUUUUAAUUGUGGUUUUAUUAAUAUAAUAAAAGAGUUUAACCCUCUAAAGGUAGGGAAAGUAUGCUUCACAUUUAGUUAGGGGUCUAUGGGCUAGAAUUUUUUACUUCUGGUCGGGUUGUGUCUACAAUUUUGGGUCCAAGGCCCAAAUUGGAUUGCUUUUGUAAAUUAUUGAUUUUUUAAAAUAUGAAAAACAAUACUACAACUCAUUUAUACAAUAUUGUAACCAACUGUUAGGGCAACCCAACUUUGUAAUAUAGGGGAGUAAAAUACCCUUUACAUAUAGGAAAUGGGUAAUUGAAUAUUUAUAAGAAACCAAAUUCUUUAAAUAAAGCCGAGUAGACGAUUUGUAGAGUUUAUGAUCAAAAAGAUAAUUAGAUAAGUUUUGUACAUUCAAACAAAAUAAUGUAAUUGUUACUGCCUCUCUAUUACUGUUAUUGAUUUUCAAUUAAAUUAUCGUU